UUUUUACUUCCGGUCGUUCCUGUCACAUGAAGCUAGUUCUCUGCUGGUAGACAUGCACUGAUUAAAAACACACACAAAAAGACUAUGACUUCGUCUGGUAACGGAAGAGGAUUGGAUGAAGAUAUGGACAAUCAAAUUGUACAGGCUGUGUGUGUAGAGGACGGGAUAGGGGUGGUGUCGGGGUCGAUCGGGAUGUCAGACUUCUCCGAUGAGAUCUUGUUAAGUAUCCUGCGCUAUGUCUCGACCUCUGACCUCGUGAAUAACGUUUCCCGGACCUGCCGCAAGCUACACACGCUCUGCUAUGACAAGACACUGCUGACCACGGUCACACUGUCUGAAGAAUACAUGGCAGAUGACGGCGCUAUUCGCCAGGUGCUGAAGCAUCUAUCCAAUCACGUGCAGUCCCUCAGCCUUAGCGGCUGCUAUUGGCUGUCGGGUUCUACCGUCGACCGCCUGAUUCGCUGUCGCUCCCUGGUGCGUCUGGACCUAUCCGGUUGUCGCGUCACCUCCCUGCGUCUGUCCCGCCUCCUCUCAUCCCUCCCCCUCCUCCGAUCUCUGGCUUUUGACGUGUCGCCUGGCUUCGACUCCGCCCAGCUGAGUGGGGAGGCCCGUGAUUCGCUGUCUCGGCUGUCGGAGCUGAGACAGACGGUCCUGACGCCCAGUUACGGGGUCGUUCCCUGCUGCUCCGGCCUCUUCAGUCUGCAGCUGCAGUUGGACAUACCUGACGUCACCAGGGAGGGUACCAGUAUGUGUUGCCAGUUGAUGAUGGGUCAGAGCAGUGUUCCUCACUACCAACAGCUGGAGGAGUUUACUGCCUGUCUGGCACCUGGAGAGGUGAACCAGACUCUACUCCUCCUCUACCUCGCUGUGUUCAGUGUUCGUGUUCCGGAGCGUCUCCGUUCCUUCCUGGUUUCAGUUCCUGGUCCGAACCCCGCCCACUGGCCUGCUGCGUCCUCAUUGGCCCAUAGCCUCGUUCAGCAUGGCGACCUGGAAGCCCUGCAGUUGCCUCGCUCCUGGUUGGACGCCACGUCACUAGGACGGGUCCUUCUUAGCAACGCUCCCAAGCACCUGAACUUCUCCCGUUGCCCCACGUUACGACAAACUGUCAUCCAAUCGCUGACUGGCACUGGAGUGAGAGACUCGACGCGAUUGGUCAGCCUGAAUCUUAGUGGUAUAGGCCACACCUCCAAUUAUCCAGAGUGCAGUAGAGCGCGGGGAGAGGAGGAGCUUGUUGCCGAGGCGAUGAGCCGGCUGGUUAUUUGCUGUCCCAAUCUGUCACACCUCAACCUGUUACACACGCACUAUCACCAUGACAACGCGCACACACCUGGGCUGGAGGCCGACACACACCUGUGUACCAGCCUGUCCAAACUCGCACACCUCCGGUCUCUGGCGCUGCCAGCGUGCUCCCUGUCGGACGGUUCACACCCUCACACACCGUCCCCGUCCCCUUCCCCUUCCUCUCUGCUGCUGGGACUGAGGAAGCCGUCCCGCGUGGGGCUCCAGACCUACAGGCCGGGCUCCGGGGACUCUCUCCCCAGGGAGGGCACCUCUGGGCUGGGUACCCUGUUGGCCGGCUGCCCCUGUCUGGAGGUUCUGGAGAUAACAGGACCGGGCUUCAUCUCCGCCCUGCCGCGUCUCGAGCCCUGUGCCAGGGUGUGUGUGGAUCAGAGGGCGUGUACGAACGCUCGCUGGGUGGGGGACGCGCACGUCGCGGCUCUCCGGGGGUUCCGGGGGCUGCGGAGGCUGACGCUGGCGGGGCUGCCGGGGGUCCUGAAGGGGACUGGGCUGGUACAGGUGGCUGAGCACUGCCGGGACCUACGGGCAUUAUCUCUGGCCAACCUGGGGUCCUUAAAGACCUGGAACUAUAGCGCCACCCUGCUGGACACACUGAGGAACUGCACCCAGCUCACACAGCUACGGUUGGAGCAGCCCUACCUGGUGUGUAACGGUGCAUUCUGGGAGGCGUUGUCAUGCUGUUCUCGUCUCCGCCGCCUCUGUCUCAUCUCGCGGAACGGAACCUUCCACCCCGCUGCCGUGGUUACCUUCAUGGAGUGUUGCCGUGACGUCAUGGUGUGUCACAUGUUCUUGGGCGGAACUCUGGUGGCGUGUCGGACGCUACAGAAAACACUGCUAGACCGGUGA